AUGGCAUGCUAUUUCACCGUGCUACUUAAGUGCUUUAUAUCAUAUUUUUGUAAUUGUUGCUGCAGCCUGUGGGACUGGCAAGCCGCGGAGCAUUGUGAAAGCAAUGUUGCAUCUCAUGACGCGUCUAGAUUCGUGUGGGAUUGCCUCAAUCAAGAUGAUGAUGACCUACUGGGGUUGCUGGGCAAUCAAACUCCUCUAAGGGACUGCCGUGGCUUCUUUGAUAUUGAUGAUUUCACCUGCAAGGAGACAUUAGACAUAGAGGAAUCUCGGGAAUCGAAGCGGCGGCGCAUAUUGGAGUACCCUUCUGAGUCUAAUCGGUCAGAAGAUGGUAAACAUGAAAUAAGUUCCCCCUUGACCACAUCCGAGGCAUCAGAGAUAUCAUUGCUUUGCACUGAUGAACCUCAGAGCUUCAAUUGGGAUUCACAGAACAGUUCAAAUAAUUUUGAUUCUUUGGCAAAUGGAGCAUUCUACCAGCCAUCAAAUAGUCAUAUGAAUAAUUGCUCUGAUGAAAGUCAAGUGCAUUUCAGGCUUUCUAGCCAGGAGAGCGUUACGUAUACCACUGAUCAAGGUGGGAUGUCAGGAACAACUGAGAAUGAUUCAGUGACAGAGAGUCUUGUAAUGCAGGAGACUAGGAAGCUUUCUACACUUAAAGUAUCUAAAGGAAACUCACAGGUUAAGGUGAAGCAGAACUUAACUACAACUAUAGCAUACCCUUUUACCCUCAUCAAACCAUCUUGGGAGGAAGGAGAUGUCAUCACUCUGAAGGAUAUAAAUCAGCGAAUCCGUGCUCCUCCAAAGAAGGCUCCGGAAACACUGGGCACUUCAGCAUUCUCUGGCAAGCCAGUCAUUGGCAAGACAAGAAUCAAAACUGACGGGGGCAGAGGCAGCAUCACAAUACUAAGAACAAAAGGUUGACAGUCUAACAACUUGUUUCUCAGCCAUUACCUCAAUUGCUCUCAGCAAUUUGGUCUCCACAGCUCUUUGGUUUCCCAUCUCAGUUUUUUCCCCAUGGAUUUGGUAUUUAGGAUGACUACCAAUGGCUAACUUCUUCAAAGAUUCACCAUUCUUCCUGUGUACAUUAGCGGCAUGCGGCUAAUGUUAUAUAUGAGAGAGUUUUGCGUUCAGAAACAAUUUCCCUCUACUGCAUCUACUUAAGUCAGAUGUUGUUCA